CCUUUGCACCUCAUCACAUCUCCUCCGAUUCGCCCUGUCAUGAGCGAUGACGAAGCCCGUCCGGCCGUCGUUACAUUCGCAAAGAAGCGUAGAGGACCGAAAGCGACAUCUUCAGGGGCAGUAGGAGGGUCAGGCAGCGCAGCGUCCUCGAAGCCAUCUUCCAAGGCGCAUACACCUGCCCCGGAUGAUGGGGAGGAGGAGGACGAUGAUGGUGGCGUCGUCGUCAGGACAGCUGGCAGGCGGCGAGGGGGAGCUGCGAUCGGGUCGAGCUCAAGAAUACCCCCCUCCUCCUCAUCCUCAAAAAGACCCAACGCAAGAAGCACAAUCUCCUCAUCCGCCCUUGACACCGACGCAGACGGUGAUGCUGAGCUCGAUGCUCCCAUAGCCGUCAAGGCACCUCGUUCUGGCUUGGCUGUACCUUCCAAUCUAGAUCAAGCCAGCAUUGCCCCUUCGCUCCUCGACAACGAUGCUGUUGCUUCCGGUCCUUCCUCUCACUACUCAGCGCAACACCUCGCCGACCUUCGACAAGCGAGCAGUCGACGCCUCGAGACGUUACAACAAGACAGUGCGUCGGCAACCGUCGAGCUGGAUGAGCAUGGCAACCCAUUGUUCUCUAUGGAUCACACCGACAGCUCCGCUACCCCUUCAGCGUACCAGACAUUAGCCGACCCAACUGCUUCAAGUGGACAUGACUCAGCGGCCUUCUUCGGCGCUGAGCACUUGGAUGGGGCUUCGGGGUCCAUGCCUAGCCAAGCCGUCAUUGACGCUGCCAAAGAGCAGCGCAGGCGGCGAGCAGCUGCUGCGGCUGGCGAAGGCGAAGGGGGUUCUGAGGACUUCGACUCCUUGGAUCAAGGUGGCUCAGCGAUAGAAAAGCGCUCUCUCAUCUCGCGCAGUAAGGGUUACGAGCUCGAUACCCGCAGCAGUCGCGAGGACGGUACAGUCCCCUCACUACGGAGAGAGGAAGAUGAAGAAGGCUCAGGCGAGGACGAAUUUGCUGACUUCACAGGCGCGCAACAGCGUAUCAGCUUGGAUGCUGUCAAGCGACAGAAGGAGAUUGAGCGACAACGUCGCGAAGAGCAAGCACGCGCAGCGGACAGUGAUGCCGACAUGGAUGGGAGUGGCGAUGACGAUGAGGAUGAUGAGUUCGAGCGCGUACAGAUGAGAAGGAUGGGCGCGGCAUUACGUCAGGAAAGGGAGGCGAGAAGCCUCGACCGGCCUAGAAAGCAGCACAGGUCAGCUCCUCUACCUGCCAUUGCCCCCCUCCCGGGACUGGGUGCGGCGCGCUCACGUCUCGAAGCGCGCCUCACUUCCCUCCAAGAGGUGCAAGCCUCGCACGAAGCUCUGGUGGAGCGCUCCACGCACACGCUCAGCACCCUCAACGCAGACGAAGAAGCGAACAAGGGUUCAGUUGUCGCCUGGGGCGAGAAAGAGGGCUGGGCUCGCGAGCUUGCUACCUUUGUGGAGAGUCUGGCGCAGCUGCUUGAGGAGAGAUGGAAGGGGUUGGAGGAGGUGGAGGUUGAGUGGGAUGAGGUGCUGAUGAAGAGGGUGGCACUUGUCCAGGGGGUCAGGGCGAGGGAGAUGGAGGACGAGUUGAGCUUGUUUUGGGGUGUCUCAGGAAAGUCGCUCUUGCCUGCGCGGAACAGUGCCAAGGACAAGAAGAUGGGAGACAUGGAGGAGGACGACGAGAAUGGUGCUGCCGGAACGACGCAAAAGGAGCAUGCACCAGUCAAUGACGGCGACGCUACAUCACCUCUACGCGCUCAAAGGCGGGAAAGUGGACCUGUCCCCGCCAAUCAAUCCGCCGCCGUGCUACGGGAGGUCGUCCUUGCACCUGCCGACCUUGCAGCUUUCACUCAAGCGCAGUCGGCCUUGCACUCUCGCCUCACCUCCCUUCUCAGUAGCGUCAAGGCGCCCGAAUUCCUCUGGCCUGCCGUAACAAUCGAGGGCGGCCAGCCGCACCCCUCGUCAGUCCACAGCCGCUUCCAUGAGUGGCGCCGUCGCUACCCACAAGACUAUGCGCAGUCGUGGGGCUCACUAGCCCUGGCUGGUAUCUGGGAAUUUUGGGCACGAAAGGAGGUCGCGUUGAGCGACUGGGCUUCACUCGAUUUAGAGGGGUCGGAAUGCCUCGGGGCGAUCUAUCAGUAUUUGGAAGAGUGUGCAAAUGCACCUGUGGAAGGCGCUGGGGGUGGAGAGGACGAAGAAGUCAUCGGCACCCUGGUCAACUCGGCCUUCAUGUCCCGCCUGGUUCGGCUUGCUUCAACGGCCUACGAUCCGUGGAGCGCGACGCAGACACGGCAGGCGCAACGCCUUCUUGUUGGGAUGGCGGACGUGCUCCCUGAGGCGGGGGCGAGGUUUCAGAGCGUAGUCUCAUCUCUGCUAGAAGCGUUUGAGGAGCACAUCGGAAGGCUCGACGAAGUGCUUCUCUGCUCCUCCCCCGCCCUCCCCCCACCAGGCUUCCACCCGCUCAGUAUCCCUGCCCGGCUGGCAUUCACUACGAGGCUGGUGGGAGGGGAGGGCAGCCUGCUCUUCAACCUGCUCAGCUUGUCGAAACUGGUGCGAAGCAAGGGAGGCGAGGCCCAACUGAGAGUCCUGGAGGCGUUGGUGGAUCGACUGGUCUCCCGAGUCGCUUGGCCCUUGAUGAGGGAAUGCGGUGAAGCUGGAGGACAACGUCUUGCGAAAGUCGUUCUGGAGAUUCUGGGCAAAAGUGGUUUGAGUGUGCAGGCAGAUUUGAGAGCGAGACUGGAAGGGCUUGCUGCUUGAAAUUGUCAUAUCGUCACGAGUGGC